AGCUCAAUCUUGCAAAAUUUAGUCUCACUCACUUUUGAUACUAAAAAUAGUGACUCUGUUUUGUUUUUUGAUUGAUAAGAGCCACGAUGCCGAUCCGUGGAAUAGCAAUCAGAUGGCCAGAACUAGAAGAGACUUAUCCCACGGAUGCACUAAGAGGUGCAUUAGCCGAGUUCAUUAGUACACUAAUAUUUGUGUUUGCUGGUGAGGGUUCUGGCAUGGCCUUCAAUAAGCUCACUGAUGAUGCCUCCACCACACCUGCCGGGCUUGUAGCCGCCGCGUUGGCAUAUGCAUUUGGCUUAUUUAAUUUGUUGCCGUCUCAGUCUCCUUCAACAUCUCCCAUGGCGCGCGGUAUCCUCUACUGGAUUGCUCAACUCCUUGGCUCUACUGUGGCUUGUUUGCUCCUUAAGUUUUCCUCUGGUGGCUUGACAACAUCGGCGUUUUCGUUGUCAACUGGGGUGUCCGUGUGGAAUGCAUUCGUGUUAGAGAUCGUGAUGACAUUUGGGUUGGUUUACACAGUUUAUGCGACGGCCUUCGAUAAAAGAAGCGAAGGAAAUAUUAAGAUAAUUGCACCAAUUGCAAUUGGUUUCAUAGUUGGUGCCAACAUAUUGGCUGGUGGGGCUUUUGAUGGGGCAUCCAUGAACCCAGCAGUGUCAUUUGGGCCAGCUUUGGUCAGCUGGGACUGGACCAACCACUGGGGUCUACUGGGUUGGGCCUUUGAUCGGAGGUGGAAUUGCUGGCCUUGUGUACGAGUUCUUCUUCAACCACACUAAUCAUCGCCAGAUUCACCACGAGCAAUUGAUAAGCGCACAUGAUUAGAGAGAGAGAGAGAAAAAUUAAAUGCAAACGUAUGGUCAUUUGGACCAACGGCUAAGUAGCUUGUCCAUGUUCUUGGUAUUUCAUUAUUUUUGAGGUCUUAUUAUUCCUUUUUUGUUUGUUUGCUAUGCUUUCAAUUUGGACAUUGUUGAUUUUAGCUUCAUUAUUGUUGAUAUCACCAUCUUGCAAUUCAUUCAUUUUGGCCCGUUUGGUAGA